AUGGGAGGAGCAGAAAACGGAGAAACCAAAGAGAAAGCUACACAGAUCGCAAUUUCACAAGAUCAAUUCCUCGCUUGGAAGCGCCAAAAGGACGCUGAAUUAUCGGCUAAACAAGCUGAAGCAGCGAGGAAACGGCAAGAGGAUAUAGCGUCAGGCCGUGUUCAAAUGAAUGGCCGGGAGCUUUUCUUGCACGAGCCAUGGGUUUUCGACGACGCUCAGCAUUGA